UGGCGGUAGGUGACCUUUCCCAGAGCAGUUUCGGUGUUAGUGGUUCAGGCGGGAAUUCCAAUGCAAGAAACCAGCGAACGAAUGAGAGAGUGAGUAGGGAAAGUGAAGCUCUCGCGAGAUUUGAAGGGGUCGGAGCGCGGGGGCCGGCCGAGAGGAAAGCUGGAGGCGCAGGUGGGGAACAUGUCGGAGUCGGAGCUCGGCAGGAAGUGGGACCGGUGCCUGGCAGAUGCGGUCGUGAAGAUAGGUACUGGUUUUGGAUUAGGAAUUGUUUUCUCACUUACCUUCUUUAAAAGAAGAAUGUGGCCAUUAGCCUUCGGUUCUGGCAUGGGAUUAGGAAUGGCUUACUCCAACUGUCAGCAUGAUUUCCAGGCUCCAUAUCUUCUACACGGAAAAUAUGUCAAAAACCUGCUCACACCGUCAGCUGCCUGCAGCCAGCCCAUGGGUGCUGGAGACAUGGGAGUAGCGGAGCCAUCUCUGCGCCAAAGCAAGAGUGAGGUCAUCACAGGGACCAUGACUGUGCAAGAAGAGGCGCUGCUGCGUGGCACUGAAGCCAGCAGCCGGCCUUUUCCACCGCUCCCUGGCUCCUCACUUUCCUGGCACCAGAGCUGAUUGUGGGGAGAAACAAAAGGAGCAGAGAGAGAAGCUUCAGGUCUUUUGCUUAAAACAUUUCCAUUGUUCCAAACUGCGUUGUCAGGGAUAAUAGCUCAGGGGUGAUUGUAUGCAUAUUAUGUAUUUAAUGACUA